GUCAGUUUGUGAUUGUGUAAUAUGGUCUAUAAGAAGAAAAAAUGUUUGCUGUUCAGGAAGUUGUUGGUUCUUUUCACCGGCGCGACAGACGACGGCUACCUCGAAGGUACUCUCCGUGGCUCCGCCGGAAGUCGUACCACUUCCGGCCUAUUUCCCGCCGGCGCAGUGCAGGAGGUGCGCAUGCGCCAUACGCCGCACGUGCAAGCAGCCGUCGCUAGAGGGCAGGUGGCACCCCAGGGUGCACAACCGACGACUAGGGUGGCGGGGAGGAGAGAGAGUGCUUCUGGUGUAGGGCAGGUGGGGAAGCAGUUUGCUACGGCGCCUAGGACGGCCAAAGGGAAAAGUCAUUGGAACGUACCGGCAGAACCGAGGACAGUGGUGCUACACAAAGGCAAGAAAGGUUUCGGUUUCAUCUUACGAGGUGCCAAAGCAACUUCACCGCUUUUGGACUUGACGCCUUCUGAAAAAUGCCCCGCGUUGCAGUACCUAGACGACGUGGAUCCAGGAGGGGUAGCGGAUAUGGCAGGAUUGAAGAAAGGAGACUUCUUACUAGAAAUUAACAACGAAGACGUAUCAACCUCAUCCCACGAGCGCGUCGUGGAGCUGAUCCGUUCCUCUGGUGACCUGGUGCAGAUGACGGUCGUCACAUGCGUUCCAUGCCUACCCACCAGUCGCUCGGCGCUGCCAAUCAAUCCAAUGGCCGCCCAGCCGGCGAAUGGUGGGCGGCAAUACGCGGCAACGCUGCCGCGGAAGGCGAUGGGCGGAACAGGUAGUGCAGGGGGCACGCCUAGGGCGCAACAUGCUCCGCUGCCGCCCAGGAGGGAUCCCAAGACGACGCUCAGCGUUGGAAGGGCUAGGGCGAAGAGUAUGGUUGCAGGGUUGGGAACUGAAGCAGAUCAAGAGGAUCCAAAGAACAGCUCAGCGGAAUCAGUGCAGCAACUCAAUUCAACACAUUCAACACCGGUGCCCCCUAGAACAGCGUCUAUAAGGCAACGACCUGCUUCAGCGAGGAUCGCGUCAGCAGCACUGGAGGAGCUCUUUAGGGACAAGGAAGCUGAGGAAAGACUGACUAGUGCCAGAUUCCAACAAAGAGAAGGAGAACUGAUGAGCUCAAGGUUUCAAGGGACUCAUACGCUAGGCUCUCCUGUCAAGAAUAAGGUGUACGCCAGUGUUGCUGAAAUGAAGAGAAGUAAAAAGCAGAGUUCUAAAGUCCGCUUCACCGACCUGUUCUUCCCGCACAAAGGCGGCCUUAAACGCACCUUCCACAGCACGCCCGACCUGGCGCAAGAGUGCGCAGCCGCGACAGCUUCCAGCACGCCGAACGGGGGCGGUGCCUACAGGCAGUCCGCCUACUCGACGGGAGUGGGGACGACGUACGCCUUCCAUCGCAGUCAGGAGGAUGUCAGUGGAGGAGUGGGUGGGGCAAGAGGGCUUUUGCCUCCGCCGACACAUCCGCCGCCUCCGGUGCCGGUGGGGCAGGUGGUUAAGGUGGAGGUAGGAGGGGGUAGAGCAAGCAGUGGUAAGGGUGAAUACGACCGAGUGGUGGCGCAGCCUCAGGAUAGAACGCAAGAGCAAGGAGAGGAAGGCAUAGUGUCUUCCUUCAAACCAACAGCAAACGCGAAGUUAUACGCCUCUCCCGACGACGGGAAAAACGUGAUAUACCGAUCGAAAGCAGCUCAACUGAGUGCCCACCACCAAUCGAGAUCGCAGCUGCGGAAAUCGCAGAGCAUGAGGUCAGGAUCGAGCUUCAAACCAGGGCCGGCCACGCCCACAACCCCAACGCAACCGCAACCACCUCAACAGACCAACCCUUAUGCUCAACCCAUCAGGGCCAGCAGGUCCAAUUCUACUGGUUCCCGGGAAAGGAGGAAAAAGAUAGUUCAAAGCAAAUCAGCCAACAGCAUGGUAAAACUAGCGCAAGGAGUUACGCCUUCGAUACCAGAGCCAGACUACAGUUGUACAGACUCAGAAGUUGAGAGCGACGAGGAGAGGAAAGAGCCAGAAUCUUUGGCAGCCAGGAUCAGUUCGGUGCAUCUGCAGCCUGUUGAGAACAGUGGAAAUAGUAAUACGAGUGGUAGCAGUUCCGGAAGUACCUCACUACCGCACAGUUUCAGUGUAGAAGAAAUCCAACGAGGCAGGCUGCUACUGAAGUCCUCGAAAUCGUAUCCUGACGAGCUCCUGAAGAAACAAAAGGAACCCGACGGCAAGGACGGCCACCUAGAAGAUGGUGACAACAGCUCUUCCGGAGUCAGUUCUGACCAGGAAACGGCUGCAGGUGGAGGAGGAGAGUACGCGGAAGGAGGGGUCAGUGUUGCUGUGAAGGGACAAAGGGCACAGAUUGGUAUGCUGAAACGCCACGCAGUUUCGCUCGCUCAACUUCCGCCGCCUAUCGAGAACGAGAACGACGAAAAAGAGGAACUAUGCUCGUUACCUCCUCCCCCCGAAUACAUCAGCACCGAAAACGCCACCUCGUUCGGCGAGGAGAUCGUUGUAGCUCCGCCUCCUCAGUUCAGCGAUAACAGGCAGGUGACGCGCGUGCGCAUUGUAGGGGCGGUGCCUAAAAGCCCGCCCAACGGCCCAGCAACCAAUGUCAAACAGGGACGGUUGCACAGCCAGUAGGAGAAAGAGGCGGAGACAAAUCGUAGCGCCGCCUCCCACGGCGUUCACGUAGUGGGGUGAUGUCAGAGGGUCCUCCCAAUGGCCAGCAGGAGGACGAGCGAGCAGUUAAGUGACACACAAGCAGAGACUGAUAUUUAAGCGGGGAGGUCUAGUGCUGUUGCUGAGAAUAGGCUGAGUUUUUGCAGUAGAGGGAAUUUUGAGCGUGUUCUAUUCAAAUAUGAUUUUGUGAGAUUUUUCUUUUUACAUCAGCAGUUGGCAUGUUAAUACACAAAUUUAUCUGCACUGAAAAUAUACUUUUAAAGUUAAACACCAGGAACAUAUUUCUAACCUUUCAUAAACCUUAUUUAAAUAUUCUCUUUUCUAGACAUUUCAUUUCAUGUUCUAGCAAGGUCGUAUGGGAAUAGACUCAAUUUUUAAUUCUCAGCUACUGCGAGAACAUUUAUUUCAUACAAUGAUUGGAGACUGAAUGUGGAAAUUUUUGCAGAGAUUGUAACACUACAGGCUGUAAUGUUAAAUAAUGUGAAAAGGUGGUAUUUUCUUCAUGAAUACUGACGCGAUAAUUAAAAAGGUAACAUAAACUUAACGAAGAACAUUUCAUACAAAAUAUUGCAAAUACAGAAAGGGUGGUGUAUUUAUCUCACUUUGAUUUCAUUAUAUACAGGACUUGACCCUCCUCAAGGUCAUACCGUGCCAAAACUUUCAUAAAAUGUUAGAUGUCACUCAUCAGAUUUAUGUCAAAAGGUACGAAGCUAAAUUCGAUAUUCAGACAUCGUUUUUAACGAUACUUUAUCCGCUAUUUGUGUUGGUGUGAAGAUCGUGAAGAAAAUACCCAAUCUGCUAUACCUAGUUAGAAUUUUCCUACACAACCUAGAAUUUUAUAGCACGAGAGGCGCUUUUUUACAAAUUUAAUACUCACUUUGUAUCGGUAAUCCAAUUUUUAGGGAAUAUCGUCAAUUUCAUAGCUAUCUUUUAUCAUUAAUCCAAACAAUAUCAAUAUAUCCAGCACUGAUGCAUUAUACGAUUAUCACCUAAGAAACCUUCAGCAUAAUCAAUGAAAUUUGGGUUAGUAACGCUGGUAGAAAAAUUAAUUAUUUCGUUCAAGUUAGUUAGCAUAAUUGAAGAGAUCUACGCUUUUAAACUAUUGCAGCAGUUUUUGCUAAACUAAACACACCACAAAGUAUCAUCUCUAUUAUUUGAAUCGCAUGUUAAAAUUCUACACCCUCAGCAGGAAGUGUGGAACUGUAUUAUAUAGGGUGUUCCAUCCGUUUCUUCUUUUUUUAAUCUUUAAAAAUACACUUUUUAUGAUUGAGAAACUGAACUCUUUAUUGAAAAGUGUAGGUCGGUCUUUGCCAUUUAUGUGUGGAAUAUAACAUCGCAGAUACGUCCACCGCUUAAGGACUUGGAUCGUGCGUGGGGCAAUCGAGUUCACUUUGCUUUUCAAAAAUCCUCAGAGAAAAUAGUCCAGUGGUGUUAAGUCGCACGAUCUUGGAGGCCAAUUCAAGUCGGAAUUUCUCGAAAUAAUGCGAUCUGGAAAAUUCUCGGCCAAUAACUGGACAGAGGUCGUUGCCAUCAAUACCUUCCAAUUUUGGUCAAAAAAAAUCCGUUAUCAUACCACGAUAACGUUCGGCGGUGACCGUUACGGCUUUUUCUUCUUCAUCCUCGAAGAAUAACGGUCCAAUAAUCCGCACCAAACAGUUACUAUUUGAUCAUGGAGAGGUUGUUCAUGGAUCUGGUGUGGAUUUUCCGAACCGCAAUUCCUACACUUUUGCUUAUUUACGUGGCCACUCAGGUAAAAAGCCGAAAAUCCCUAUCCUUUUUCAAUCGUCCAAUUAACAAAGAUACGCCGUUGCUGAUGGUCCGCUGGCUCCAAUUGUUGAGUUAGUUGGAUCUUGUAUGGGUAUAGGUGGAGAUCAACAUGCAAAAUCCUCCAUAAUGUUGUUGACCUGAUGUCCAAUUCUUGCGAAAGUGUCUUAUCGAAGUUGAUGGCUGUACAUGAACACUUUCACUCACAGCGGCCAUUAAUUCACGUGUACGUACCGGACGGGCAUGCUGAUAUGUUCUACGACCUUCAACUGAACCAGUGUCCUCAAAACGAUUGAUAAUCCACCGAAUUCCGCGCACUGUGGGACGAUUAUGUCGACCAAAUUCAUCACGAAAAGUACGUUUUAAAGAUCGUCCGUUUUCAUAAUAUUUUUGGACGGCCAAAAUGCAUUCUUGCCUGGUUAAAGAAUCCAUAAUAACAAAUGGCAGACCUUUGACAAUUCAUAUGUGCUAAAUACUGUCACUGCUGACAUCCGUCGGAAAAUUUCUGAAAAGAGCGCUGCGAUAAAGCAAGCAAAAAGGUCUUGUCAUCCUGAUGACAUUCGUAGAGCGACGAAUCUCGUCCGUGAAAUCAGAAAUGCACUCCAUGAAUUCCGUAAUGAGCAGUGGAGCGGCUUUCUGACGGGGAUGCUUGAAUCAAGUAUUCCUCUCUAGCAAAAUCGCUCAGAAACGGAAGGCAAGAACAACUACCACAUAUUCAUGGUCCUGGAGGCAUAGUUUUCAGGACUGAGGAUAAAGUGGAGGUUUUUGCUGACGUCAUGGAAAGGAAGUUCUCUCCCAAUUAUGAUCUGGACAAUGACCUUGACGAGGAACGACAAAUUGUAAGACCUUUCAGGAGAUAUUUCAGAGCGAAUGGCGACAACAACGUCAGUGACUCUUUUUAGAAGAUUCUUCUACGGAAGACUCGUCAGAUGAAUCUCAGCAUAGCACAUCAACGGAAUCCUAUGAGAUUCCAUUUUGCACACCAGUAGAGCUCCAAGGCCACAUUAAGGACCUAAAGGUGUGUAAAGCACCUGGAGAGAAACAAAUCACCAACAAAGCACUGAAGUUGUUUUCGCUCAAGGCUUUGACUUAUCUGGUGGCAAUAAUCAAUGCAAUGCUCAGAACUCAUUACUUUCCUAAGGCGUGGAAGAUCGCUGAAGUAAUUAUGAUCCCAAAGAAGGCAGGUUCGUUAUUCCCCCAGGAUUAUCGUCCCAUUAGCCUGCUGUCUGCUGAAGAGGUGAUUUAUCGUCACCUUGAGAAUUUCUCGUCAGAUCACCAUGUGAUUCCUGACGUGCAAUUUGACUUUCGGUCUGAGCAUAGUACGGAGCUUCAGGCAAUUAGACUGGUAGAGCAUGUAACCAGGGGAUUUACCCUGAACAAAGGUACUCUUAUCUUGCUUUUAGAUGUAUCAAAGGCAUUUGACAAGGGCCUCUUGUAUAAGCUCAUCCUCAACGUUUUUCCAUUUUGGCUUCUAAAACUGUUAAAAUAUUUUCUAGAAGAAAGGAAGUUUUGGAUCAAAAUCAACUAUGUAUUGUCAACAACACGGCCCCCGUAAGAGCCGGUGUUCCUCAGGGUUCGGUCUUAGGACCAAUCCUUUAUUCACUUUAUAUACAUCCCAGCAACUGUGAAGUCCAUCUCUAUGCUGAUGACACUGCACUGCUAGCUGAGUCUUAUUCUGGUAACCUGGUUCACGACAGGCUGCAGAACGCGGUGGAGGAAGUACUGGAGUAGGCGGAUCGGUGGUUGAUCAAAAUUAAUACUUCGAAAACGCAGGCAAGCUGUUGUACUAGAAAACGUCGCGGUGCCCCCUCAGAGAAUAUCAGUCAAUGGAACUCGUAUACCAUGCGAACAAUCUUUCAGGUACCUUAGACUGAUCAUUGACAAGGGGUUGACCUGGCAGAAACGUACUGAUAUUUUAAAUUGACCUGGCAGAAACGUACUGAUAUUUUAAAAACGAAAUUCCAAAUUACCUUCCGGCAGCUUUGUCCUUUGUUGUGCAGAAAUUCAAAAUUAAGUUUGAUCAACAAGAUAUGGUUAUACGUAUAUAAAAUGGUUAUAAGACCCGCAUACACCUACGCAUGCGCGGCUUGGUGUUUUCUUGCCCAGACGCACAUGCAGAGACUGCAAGUCCUGCAAAACAGAAUCCUACGCACAAUCACUAACGCCUCUUGGUACGUGUCAAAUGCGACCAUUCACACAGAUCUUGAUAUCCCCUAUCUAAGAGAUUAUGUAAAACAACAGACACGGCGGCAUUAUAAUCAAUCAGAGUCGCACAGCAACCCUCUGUUGCGUGACUACACAGUCGAGCAAGUUCGCAAACAUUCCAGGCCGCGCCUCGCACUGUGAUCAAAAUUAAAUUGUUAAUCCAGACCAGCCAAAACUAUUUCAGUAUACAAAGCCGUACAAAAUUAUUUUCUGGAAUUACAAAAUUAUUCGAGUAGUCAAAGCAAUAAUCCUUAAGAUAUUUCAAAUGAUUUACUUCUUUUCUUUGCUCUAUCUCUUCCUUCCUUUCUUGCCUUCUUUCCCUUUUCCCAUUAACAUGUUUGGUAUCUGGGUAGCCAGAGCUGACAAACUAACAGACCGACGAGAUUUUUAACUAAGAGCAAAGGUCCACCGGACCGCUCUGACGAAUAAUGACGAAUAGUAUGUGCGGAAGACAUGACAGUUGACACAUUUAACAUGUCAGAAAAUGGUAGUUGAACAAAGAAGCAAUAGAUGGAACACCUUUUAUUAUUCACAAGAAUUGAAGUGAGUUCAUGCAAUGAUUAUUCUGAAGGUUACCACCGUUGAAGUUUGAUUUCAAAGAUUAAAUCGCUAUUCUGUCAAGCCUAUCAUAGGUCUUGGAUCAGUUUCACUUUUCAGGUUUUGGAGUCAAAUUUCUACAAAAAUUACUGAGCAAAGUAAAUAGAUGGACUGAUGUAUCUAAUUUUCACUACAGCCUAAAAUAGCAAUAGCCAUGAUUAGGCAAUUUUACUAAGUAGAUAAGCACCUUUUGUAAGUUUUAUUUGAAAUUUUCUCAUCGUUUUAACAUGUGUAUCAGUUACGCUUUUAAAAUUGUUUAUUUAAAAAAUGAGAAUUUAUCGAAUAAGUGCAUUCUAAGAAAAUUCCGUCAUACCAUAUAUAUCCUGCCAAAAUGAAUUCAUAUAUAAAAAUGAUAUUUUUGAAUGUACUCUUGACUGUAUUUGCGUGUGAUUCGUUAUUGCUCAUGAAUAUAAAAUUGUUUAAAUUUUAUUUUUGCCUUGGGUUUUAAUAACAUCUACAUAUUGAAGUAUAUAUUACAACUGAUAUAUAGGUAAAUCGACAAACGAUUUGCGUUGAAGAAUCACUUCCUGUUUCAGUGCCAAGAAUGUUGCAUUUACGAAAUCUGAUUAAAAAAUCAUGGAUACCAUAUAAGAGGCCUUCCAUCAGGGAAAGGUUGUAAAAAAAUAAUAUUUCAGAUUUUUCAAUGUUUUAGAACGUUUUGCCUUCUAACCCCACUAUCGCAAAAUGGAACUACAUUAGUCUAGUCAUAUUAGACGAAAAUAUCCUUGGUUUGCGAGAUAAUAUAAUUGUAAAGUCUGGUUUUAUUACUGCAAGCUGUUCAACAGGGUCUUCAAAACAUGACGCAUAAAAUGAGUAUACCAAUUCUUGAGGGAAAAUUUUUUAUGAGACAACCAAGAAUGAGAAACCGUGUGUUUUAGGAUUCAAUCGAAACUGUUGGCAGGAACGAAAAAACUCAUCAUAUAAGAUUUUUAGGUAUUUAUGAGCCAUAACAUACUUGCUAUUAGUCGGAACUUUUUACGUGUGGUCUCAUCUUGUAGGUCUCAUAAAUAUCUAAAAAUCCUAUAUGAAAAGUUUUUCCGCUACUGUCAACACUUGCGAUUGAAUCUCAAAUAACACGUUUUCUCAUUCUUUGUUGUCAAAUAAAAAGUUUUCCCACAAAAAUUGGUGUACCCAUUUCAUGCGUCAUUGUUUUAAAUAUCCGAUUGAACAACUUGCACCAAUAAAACCAGAAUUUACAAUUAUUUCGGAGAAAUUUGUUAAUAUGAUUAGACUACAAGGGAGCCUCCAUCUUUCAUGAUUUUUUAACACUUCCGAUUUCGACUGAACCGCUUCAGUGACUUUAUACCUAUCCUUAGAGAAAUGUGUUAAUAUUUUGUUACGUUUGUGUAUGUAAGUAUAAUUCUUGUAUUAUUUGUUUGUACGAUAUAUGCUCAAAUAUCUACCUACCUAUUGCUAUGCCCUUAAUCUGUGUAAAUAAGUGUACGUCUGGGGAUAAAGGAGCAGUUGCUGUAUGACGCAUUUUCGUAUAGCAACUGCCUGGUUUCUAUUGCAACUGCGAUCGCUACAUGGUUUUGAUAGAAACAAGGGUCAGGUGUCAAGCAUUUUCAAGCGAGUCAUAAAUUAUAUGCAGAAAAAAACAAAAAAUGACAAAAAGUUUGAUUAAGACGAUAGUAAUCUUAAUCGUUUUUCACGUCCUCCGUCAUAUUUUGAAAGUUUGGAUAUACUACCUGACAUCUGACCUCAAGUCGGUAUAUUUCUUCUGAAUUUGUAUAAUUUUCUGUACCUAUUUAUUUAUAAAUGCUAACAAGUAAGGGUGCACAUUUCAUGUACUUCGUUGUUACAUCAAUUUGAAUUUUAAAUAGAAAUACACGAAUACAGUUCAUGACAGAUUUUUAUCUAUAUUGGAAUCAAUACUUUGUGGAAUCUCAACAAGUAGAUCCGCCUCAAAUUGAACAAAUUGUAUUUUUAGUUGAUUUAGAUCGGUCAAAAUUCAACUUCAGUAAAAGGUUACUUUUUUACAAUUUUGAAAAUUGUUUUCCAAAUCCUUUUUGUCAAGAAUUUUUCAGUGCGUGUUAACGUCCAACACUUAGAUUUUUCUCUUUUGUAAUAAAUGCUUAGAAAAUAUGAGUCAUUGCCAUAUUCCAUAUUAAAAAAAAUUUUGUUUUAAAAAAUUAGUUUUUUGAUGAUGAAAUAUUGCAAUUUUUUGUUUAACCUUUUGCUGCAGGUUUGACGUAAUUUGAAGGCGCCAAAAAUGUGAAUGCUCAUCUUUUGGUGUUAUAUGCCAUUGAUAGACGUACCUUACUAGAAGUAAAUCUUUGUGUGAUAACUACUUUAUUUGCCGCCAAAAUAAUCAUUCUUCCUGAUUGAUAGUUAAAUUCGCUAUGUUUAAAAAAUCAUUAAAAAGUAUUUUUGUAGGAUUUAGUUCACCCACAUUUAAAAUGUACUUGCA